AUGGAGUAUUUAUUGAGAUCUCAAGAGAAUCAUUUUCGAAGUUUGGUUGAAAGCCUUGAACAGAAAAAAGUCGAAAGUUUGGUUGUUCAUUCCAAACGCUUUGAUUACGAAAUUCAGAAGCUUCGUGAUGUUGCAAAGGAGCAUCAUGAUAUCUUUGUUGAACAAGUGAUGAAGAUGAAAGAGUUUGUGGAUCUUAAGGUGGCUGAACUCAAUUCGGAGAUGGCCAAAGAGGUUGAAAAGAUGGAAAAGAAUUACACUUUUUUGCAUAUAAUAUUUGAUGUUGUUGCAACUGUUAUCACAAAGAUGGUUGAUUUUAAUACUGACUAUUUGAACAAGCUUUAA